AUGACCGCAGACGCGCCUUCGGCCCUCGAACUCGUUCUCGGAGGCGCAAAAGACGUCGUUGUGGGAAGAAAAUACCUCGUAUCGCGGGGGGGAACCACGCGCCCUGCACAUAUCCUCAAUUCACGGACGGCGAAACUCGGCGUACGAGAGGUCUACGUCUCCUUCCCAGGCGAAGAUAAGCGUCUCGACGCGUGGGUUCCACUCGAUGUGGUUGGAGAGGAGGUUGCGGAAGCGGGUCCUAGUCGAGUUGUUCAACCCCGCCGCGAGUCCCAAGACCACCCAAGCAGCGAACGCUCAACUCCCGAACGGGAACACGACGCCGUGACCCGCGUACGCAAUUUCGAAGACGUCCGAUUCGGGGAAUACCUCGUCAAGACGUGGUAUUACUCGCCGUACCCUCUUCCUGAGAAGAAGGAGGAUAAGAAGGAUGACAAGAGGGGCCGAAAACGGAAGGAGAUGGAGGGGAGGAGUGGGAGUGCAGGGAGCGCGGGCAAUGUGCUAUCGCAUGGAGUUGGGCAGGGGGGUGAGGGGGCAAGGGGGCGGAUGUGGGUUUGUGAUCUAUGCUUCAAGUACAUGCACACGCGAGCGGGAUGGGAACGACACACCUCCACCUGCGGACAGAUGCAACCACCAGGCCGCAAAGCAUACCAGCGCGGCAGCUAUACCAUCUGGGAGGUGGACGGCGCCAAUUCCCAACUCUACUGCCAGAACCUGAGCCUGUUUGGCAAGCUCUUUAUCGACCACAAGUCCGUCUUCUUUUACGUCGAGAAUUUCCUCUUCUACGUCCUCUGCGACGCGGCGACCUCGAAGCGUGAUCAGGUCAUGGCCUUUUUCUCCAAGGAGAAGACGAGCUACGAUGACUACAAUCUCGCUUGCAUCGUCGCCUUUCCACCUCAUCAGAAUAGGGGGUUUGGCAAGCUCCUCAUCGAGUUCAGUUACUACCUCACGCGUGGCGCGGCGAGCCCCGGCACGCCCGAACGGCCCCUCUCGGAUUUGGGGCUCAAGGGAUACCUCACGUUCUGGGUGGCUGUCGUGUUGAGGGUGUGUAGGCGGCUGCUGGCUGAUGCGGAGCCGGUGGAAGAUCGCAAACCGGCAGAGGAGGGGCGAUCGUUGCGGAAUCGCAAGUCGGCUGAUACCGUGGAGGAGGUGGUUGACGUCAACGGGAUUGAAAUGACCAAGCGCCAGCUGGCCCAGAAGGGACAGUACACCAUAACGACAACCCUGGAAGACCUAGCCCGGUCAUGCCACCUCCGCGCCGACGACGUGCAGCUCGUGCUCACCGAGCUCGGCUUCCUGUCGACCCGGCGGCGUCUCCCCCCAGUCAUAGGGGACGGGGAAGACGACGACGACGAGCUGAGGGAAUGGCACAGCGUUGAGAUCGUGAUCGCCCGCGACGCAGUGGACGAAGCAUGGACUGCGUGGAGGGUACGCGAUACUGGUGUGCUAGAGGAGAAAUACUGCCUAUUGUAG